GGCCGAGCCGCGCUGCUGUGGGCGGGACCCGGGGCCCGGCCCCGCAGCCCAUUGGCCCGGAGCUCUGCCCGUCACCGGGGGGGGGGGGGCGCGCGAGGCAGCAAGGCGGGCCAUGAUGACGGCAGCCGGCAGCAGCAGCUUCGGCACCACCUGCUGGUGGGGCUUCUCCCCCGCGCUCGACCUGCAGAGGGAAUGUCUGGAGAGCUCCAUGGCCCAUCUCUGCCUGUCACAGGACGACCUGCCCGAGCUCAAUAUCCUUCUGGUGGGCUCCGUCGACGGCCGCCACGUCCUCAGGACCAUGAGUCAAGCCCACCGCUGGCCGCGGAGGAGGAUCAAUUUCUACAUCGUGGAGAAUAACCUCGAGGCGCUGGGCCGGCAGCUGCUCUUUCUGAGCCUCGCCCUGGAGUCUCCGGAGAAAUUGGGGCUGCAAGAGAAGAGCGAGAUGUUCCUGGAGCUGCUGGGGAACAGCCUGAUCCGCAGCCCGACAGCCGCCUACCUGCAGGAGAAAUCGGAUCUGUUCGUCCGUUACGCCACCGACCCGGACUUCCAGCAGCGCCACCUGGGGGCCGUGAACAUGUCGGCCCUGAAGUUCAAGGAGCGGGAUCAGCUGGAGGGCAUCUUCCGAUUCUGGCGGAACCCGGACCCACAGGCCUUCCCGAUCGCCCGGCUCUGGGACCUGCGGGUCCGGCAGUACCUAGGGACCCGUUACGACGCUCGCCGAGGCGUGUGCGACUGGGACCUCACCAUGAAGCUGCAUGAACGCGGGGCCAGAGCAAUCGGCGGGCGGGAGUUCUCCCGAUGGCGGGACACAGGGGUGGCCUUCGAGCUGCGGGAGGGCGUCUACGACGUCCCCAACAAAACCUUGGCCUCCGGGAGGCUCCUGAGAUACAAGGGGGAGUUGGUGCCAGCCCGGGGGUACUGGGGCGACAUCGGCACAGGGCCGUAUCUCCCCUUCGGGAUCGAGUCCGAGGAACCGAGUCUGCUGAGAACCGUCAACGGGAUCCCCGCCAAGAGUGCCCAGGAGAUCUCCUUGUACAAUGUCACGGCCCUGUUCCAUGAACUGGCAGCCCGGGCCCGCUACACCCCCCCGCCGCCCACCUCAGAGGCGGUCAGUGGGGCUGCCCCAGCCCAGGAGAACCCCGCCCCGAAUCCAGAUCCGGACUUCCAGGAUCACAAAGCCGUCUGCCCCAGGCCCGUCCGGAUUCACUUCCUGCCGCUUGGCUGCACAGCUCGGCUGCCCUGCAAGGGCCAGUACCACCAGCUCUUCCACCUGCUCUACUUCUCCUGCAGCAUGGUGCAUGCCCUGACCCCAGAGCUGCAGCUGGUCUCUGCCCCCAGGGCUACGCUGAUCACUGAGCUGACCAGCUUCCUGCCUGACGUGCGCAAGGAGCAGGUGGAUGCCUUCCUCGACCGGGUGACGGCCAUGGCCGCAGGGGCCGGCUUCGCGCCGUGCGGGAUGCCCGAGGGACAGAACCAGGCCUGGGCCCGCUUCCAGCGCCAGGAGGAGCAGCCCGGGGACCCCCCUCCCAGUUAGCCCGCUUUGCCCCGUCCUGGCUCCCGAUGUCCCCCCACAUGUGCCCCACACAUGUGCCCCACACAUGUGCCCCUGCCUGUCUGCCCAUGGCCCAGCUCUGUGGGUGGGGGUGUUAAUGAGGUUUGACUGGAAAUAAAAUCCGCCCCCCGGAA